UUAAGGCUGUGUCUGUUAGUGUAUGUCUCAUGUUGUGAGUGUGUGUGUGUGUGUAAGCAAACCGGAGAAAGAUGUCUGGAACACGGUCCCUCUGCUGCCAUGUCAACACGGCCACCCGAGCCUCUGCCAUCUUCUACUUGGUGUUUAAUCUGCUGGUGGCUGUGGAUUUGAUCACUGGAAUAAUCCGAGAGAAAGAUCCCAUCACUGUCUCCUAUACUGAAAUGAAACGUACCCAUGGCAAUUGCAUCUUUGAGAUUAGCACCAACUUCAUUACAUUGUUUCUGAUGUCAUUCUCCAGUGUGCUGGUUAUGCUGUCUCACCGUAAGGGGUCGAUGUGUGUGAUGCCCUUUGCGAUGUUCAUGUUUAUUGAUGUGGCUCUGAGUCUGCUCUCCCUGUUUGAUGCUCGGUUUGGACUUCCUGGCACUCCCACAUAUGGAGAUGCUCUACGGCUGGCUUCAAACCUAAAAGGCGGGGCCAGGUUGGAUGGAGAGGAGCUGAACCGUGCCACCUUGAUAUUUGGAGUCCUCUUCGUGAUGUACAUACUGCUGAAGGUGUAUAUGUUCCAGGUGUCCAUUCGCUGUUACUAUGCACUAAAGGGAGAGCGUGUCCCAGCGGCUGAGAACUCUGUGAUGGUGAAACUGCCCUCCUAUGAUGAGGCUCUGAAGAUGAAACAUGAGGCCAUGUUCCCUAAUUCUCAGAAGUCAUAAGGCAUAAAACAAGCACGCAGACUUGUCUCAUGCACUCCUAUACCAGCAACGUACACGAUGGCACAUAUCUGUACACAAAUAAAGAGACACAACUUUCUAGUGUUCAUAUUCCUAGCUACAAAGCUUAAUAUGCACAAGCCUGCUUUCACUGGUUUUAUGUUAUAUGCUUUAAACCAGUGUUAUUCCCAUUUAUUCUGCCAUUCUCAUCAGUGACUAUAUUUUGAGGAUCUGAUAUUGAAUCUUCCUUUUAUUUGGCUGGUUUUUCCUAAACUUGUGAUUUCCACCAACAUGAAAUCCUGACUGUGGACCUCAGAGAUGCCAAGAUAAAUGACCAUAGAGAAUGUGAUGUAUGUAUUAAUUAGAGGUUAAAACAAAUAAGGCAAAAUUAUGUACACAGAAUAGAAUGAUAUUAUUUCAAAUUAUAUAAGUUCAUUCUAAACCAAGCUAUUUUUUGUUUGUUUUUGGAAAUGUUUUAUGGAAAUAAACAGAUUUCAUGUAGAGAUGAUGCCAGAGAAAGUAUAAUUAUGCAAAAUAAACUCAUAACCAGUUUCAAAUGUUA